UUUGUCAUUAUGUUUUGUGUGAAUUAUCUUUCAAAUCCCAACCAUUGCUUUUAAUACCAAGAUUAUAUGUUUUUGUAACCAAAACCAGUUACUGAAAAUCAUAACUGCCAUGUCACAUGUUUCGAUGCACUGCCAACUUUAAUUAUUAUUUAUUUUCCUGAGCUAGUCGAUCGAUUUGGCGAUAAAUCGACCAUAAUUAUUUUUGUUUUGAUAGAACAGUAUUUGGUAGUUAAAAUAACUUAAAUCUAUGGACAACAACAACAAGUAGCGAUUGAAUAUUGCAGCAUUGAUUUUAAAAGAAUAUCAGCCAUGCGGUUAUAUGUCAUACACAAUCCUUAACUUUUCAUCAAUUUAUCAUUAAAUCUUAUGAAAAAGUGACUUAAGCACAACACAUAACAUUACAUUAUGGCAGUUAGAUGCCCAGAGCUUUAGUACCAUAAGUGUUCGUUUAGUAUCAUCAUCUAAUUUCUAAUACCGGUAUCAAAUAGUAGAUACUUUUGAAUGCAAACUUUAAUUAUAAUGCUUACAUAUGAACUGGAAAAUAAUUGACUGAGCUAGUUUUUGUAUGUGAAAACUUAUCACUUAUAUUUUUCUCGAAUUCAACUCCUACAGAUGAAACGAUUUGAUCGAACAAAGCAUUCUCUCAUGCGAACAAACAUGCAUUUUAGUAGACUGGAAGAGCUCAGAUAUAUCUAAUAUUUGCUGGCAUCAUUUUAUUCUACUUGGCAGAUUGUUGCGCUCGAUUCUUUAAACACAUUGUAUUCAUGUGCCUGUUUUUAUCUGAGUUUAAUAUUAAGUCCCGUAAUUUAAUGGCGAUGACUUGGUUUAUCAAUCAUCGUUUAAUUGAAAUGAUACGAUAAAAGUUACUAUCCAAUCUCGCCAUCGAUCAGUCAAACUGUGAGUAUUCUAUCGAUCAAGUCUGUUUAAAUUAUUGGCAAUGAUAGUAGAAAUACUUGUGUUAGUGCUCUUAGCAUUAUGUUUGAGAUAUUACAUAAAAUUUCGACAACGGAUGUCGUUUGCAAAGGAUAUGCCGACGGCACAACCAUGCUAUCCCCUUGUCGGAAAUUUAUUGUCAUUCUUGUGGAAAAACGACGAGGAAAUGUUUGAUAAUGUACAGCACAUAAUGAAAAACCCUGCCAAAUUAUUUAAAGCGUGGAUGGGCCCAAUAUCGUUCAUUGGCACCAGCGAUCCAGAUUCGAUUCGAGGCAUCCUAACGCACCCGCACUGCAUUCAAAAGCCGUACAUUUAUGAUUUUUUCAAAAUAGAUUUCGGCUUGUUUGCGGCCCCCUCUAACAUUUGGAAAGUUCAACGGAAGGCGCUGAAUCCGUCCUUCAAUCACAAGAUUUUGUACAGAUUCUUCCCAAUUUUUGAUCGAUAUGCACGGAAGCUGGUGGAACGUUUAUUACAGAUUCCAGAAGAUUGUGAGGUUCAAAUAACAAAGUUUACGACAAGAUGUACUGUGGCCAUGGUUUGUGCUACUACAAUUGGUUCUGAUAUCGAUGAAGACCGCGACACUGAAAAGUUUGCUUGCAAUAUGAAUGGUAUUUUGGAGUUGGUCGCAAAAAGGUGUUUAAAUCUUUUCACAUGCUUGGAAUCUAUUUAUAAGCUCACGGAGGCUUUUAGAGUGGAAAAAAGCAUGAGACAAGAUGCGUGGGAAUUCGUUGAUAAGGUAACUUGCACAAUAUUUGUGAAGAAUGUGAAAAAAUGCUGCAGAAUAUUGGCAGGUUUUUCGUAACGUCCUGAAUCAAAGAGCAGAACGGCUGAAAUCGAAUGAAAUCGAUAAUCAGGAUGAGUAUAAGAAACCAAAAAUUUUCAUAGACCAAUUACUUGAUCUUCAUGAUUUGAAAGUUCUGAGUGACAUCGAAGUGACCCAUAACAUUGGCACAAUGAUCA